CUACGUUCUACAGUCCAGUAGGUGACAGUAUGAACCUUUCAAGCCAUGGCUGCAAACUCUCGGUAAAGAAGAAGAAGAAGAAGAAGAAGUGGCGCUGGUUGCUUUUUACUCUCGCGAGAUCUGACAAAACUGCGUGUGUACAAAACAAGACGAGGAAACGCAAAAUGGCGUUUGAUGGAGAAAAUGUUAUUGUGGUUAUUAUAGUGUUGUUUUCUUAACCACAUACAUGCCGUUUAAGACGGUAUAUAAUAUAUCGUUUGUAACUGUUGGAAUUCAUAUACAUCUGUCACUCUGCUGCUUCCCGUGCUAGCGUAGCUUAGCUAGUUAGCUUAGCUUGUUAGCUGCUAACAAAGAGAGGCGGAAGUGAUCAAAACACAUCGCUAAGCAGAGAUCAAGUGUGAGUGUAAAGUGUUGUGAUUGUGUGAAAAUGUGCGAAAGAACGGUAGCAGAGUACGAGGAGGAACUUUGUCCAACAAAAGAGGAGAAGGAGCGACAACAUCAACUACUGGACGCUGUUUUCAAGAAACAUCAAGUUGUGUUACACAGAACAGACGUCCAGCAGCCCCCCCACAUUAAAGAGGAAGAGGAGGAAGUGUGGAUCACUCAGGAGGAAGAGUGUCUUCUAGGUCAGGAGGAGGCUGAUCUCACCAAGUUUCCACUGACUGUUGUCUCUGUGAAGACUGAAGAGCAUGAAGACAAACCACCUGAGUCCUCACAGCUUCAUCACAGUGCAAAUGUCCGUGAAGAACAUCUUCUCCCUGAGAAACAGGAGUGGAGCUUCAGGAUGGAGCAGGAGGAGCCACAGCCCUCCUACAUUAAAGAGGAAGAUGAGACGCCACAAACCCCUCACAUGAAAAUGGAAGAGGAGGAACACAGCAUCAGUCAGGAGGGAGAACAUCUUGAAGGACUGGAGGAGUUCCCAGUGACUGGUGUCCCUGUGAAGAGUGAAGAUGAUGAGGUCAAAUGGUUGGAGGAGUUCCCAGUGAUUGGUGUGAUUGUGAAGAGUGAAGAUGAUGAGGUCAAAGGUGAAAGUGAGGAGCAGAGAGAGGCGGAGCCUCCAAGCAGCAGCUCAACUCAACACAUGACAACAGAAGCUGAUGGAGACCACUGUGGAGGAUCACAAGCAGACAAGCUCUUAGCUCCACUAUCAGAUAGUGAGGACACAACGUCACACUCUCCUGACACUGAUGAUGAACACUCUAAAGAUGAUAAGACGUGUCACACUGACAACACACACCUGACCUGUUCUCACUGUGACAAAACCUUUAAUUACCAUUGUCAUUUGAAAGUACACAUGAGAAUACACACCGGAGAAAAAACAUUCAUGUGCUCGGUUUGUAGUAAAGCAUUUUCUCGGAGGGGAACUUUGAUAAGACACACGAGAACACACACUGGGGAAAAACCUUUUAUUUGUUCAGUCUGUGGUAAAGGUUUUGUCCAAAAUCAAGAUUUGAAAGUACACAUGAGAACGCACACUGGCGAAAAACCGUAUUGCUGUUCAAGCUGCAAAAGAGACUUUGCUGACCGAUCAGCGCUCGUAGCACACAUGAGAACACACACCGGGGAAAAAACAUUCACGUGCUCAGUGUGUAGUAAAAGAUUCUGUCGGAACCAACAAUUGAAAAUACACAUGAGGAUACACACUGGAGAAAAACCUUUUAUCUGUUCAUUCUGCGACAGAGGUUUUGUACAAAGUCAACAUUUGAAAGUACACUUGAGAGCGCACACCGGUGAAAAACCAUAUUCCUGUUAAAACUGCUACAGAAGCUUUUGUAACCGAACAAACCACACAUGAGAACACACAUUGGUAAGAAAGUGUUGAGUUGCAGUGUGUGCGGUGAAAGUUUCUCUUCUAAGUACCAGUGUAAGAAACACAAGUGUGCUGGUGAGAACAGCAGCAGCAAAUGAAGCAGCAGGAUUUGAAAUACACAAUCAAGAUUUUAUUAACAUUGACUUACUAACAACAUCAGCACAUAUAACAUGUGUGACAUAAUUAUUGUGUGUGUAACACAAUGUUGUUAAUAUGUUUCUAACAUUUAUAGAUUCGAUUUGGGCUUUUAUUUCAAUCAAGGGCAUGCCUUAAAGGCCUACUGAAAUGAAUUUUUUUUAUU